AAGGUCACAGACUUUAAUAUUAUAUCAGUAGAAUGCAGUGUAAUAAGAAGACUAGGCAAUUAGAGUGAUACAAGGUGUGUUUCCGAGAUUAUCAAAUCAACCGCCAUGGGCAUUCUGAUGGCAUGUCCGCAUGAUGAGCGUACAAAGGUGGGCGCCUAGCGUAAAAGGCUCAUCCUGUCUUCUGUUGUGAGAAAGAAAGACAGUAAUGGCUGAUACUAGUGGUGAAGUGCAACUGGACAACAUCUCGGACGACGGCAGUACGGAGAACGAAACCCAGUCCCUCGUUCCCGCACCUGAACGUAACAUCCACAUCAGGAGGGAGCCUCAAAACGAGAGACAUUUCGAGGCUGGCUAUGUUCGCGUCGUCAGGCGACGCACGUUUCGAGACUACCUACCUCCGGAACCAGUACGGAGCGCGCUCAUCCCACCACGAACGAGGUGGGAGUGGCUUGAUUUCCUCCUCGUUCACGUCCCGAUCGUUAGCUGGUUGCUAAGCUACCGGCCUUCGUUUCUCAUCAACGACAUUGUAUCCGGGGUUACAGUUGCUAUCAUGCACAUCCCUCAAGGUCUAGCGUAUGCUCUCCUAGCUGAUCUACCAGCAGUCUAUGGUCUGUAUGCAUCCUUCGUACCAGCCAUUAUAUACUCUGUACUCGGAACCUCCAAACACAUAUCUGUUGGGACGUUUGCAGUGGUACAGUUGAUGAUUGGUAACAUCAUAGAAAAGACUUUUUCGUCAGACGCACGACUCAGUAUCUGCCAUGGUUUAACUGGUGGCUCAGAUGGUACAGGUUCAGGUUCCGGACUGGGUCUGGGAGGUUCCAGUGAUGAUGUAACUGACGGUAACAUCACUGCCUCUGACGUGGACUGUGACUCUGAGAGAGUCAGCAUCGCCAUCACCAUCGCCUUGGUUUCGGGAACGAUCAUGCUGAUAAUGGGUGUGCUCCAAUUAGGGUUCAUCACCAUCUUCCUCUCGGAGUCCCUCGUAUCAGGCUACACCACGGGCGCUGCAGUUCUCGUCUUCACUUCACAACUCACUCACAUUCUUGGCAUCAGUAACAAGGUCCCCCCUGGAUUGUGGCAGGUCCCUCGAACUUGGGUGAAAUCGUUCAGUAUUAUUAACACAACCAACGUUGCGACGCUAAUCAUAGCGGUGGUCGCCAUGGCAGCACUGAUCGGAUUAACAUUGCUGAACAAAUGGCUGAAGAAGAAAAAGUUUCCAACGGUCAAGUAUUCUCGUCAGCAGAGGAAAUUCAGUGUGAAAUGGGUUAAAUGGACAAUCCCCAUUCCAGCUCCUUUGGUUGUGCUGAUAUUGGCUACCCUUAUCUCAUUCCUCGGAUCAUUUGAGAGGAAUUUCGACGUCAUCAUUGUAGGGGACAUACCUCAAGGGGCACCGCCUGUCACCAAUCCAUUCUCCUCCCACCUCACAUCCUCCCUCGUUAUCGACUCUUUCAUCGUUGCUAUCGUGGCUUACAGCGUGUCCGUGUCUUUGGCGAGGAAGUUUGCCGUGGAGCACGACUAUACCAUACACUCCAACCAGGUUCCUCUUUCUUUCUCUCGUUUCCUUUCUUUGUUCCGUUUAGUAAGUGCUAAGUCCACC